AGUUUAAGCGAAUUUACGAAUACUUUAUAAAAUAAACGUUUUUAUGAUUUACUAGUAAUUAGCACAAGUAUAUAUGAAAGCAAGAUUAUAGACAAUCCUGAAGCAUGUUCGAGAAUAUGUUUUGACGUCAUAAACGGGUUAAGUGAUAACAUAAUUAGCUGUAAUUAGAAAUUCGCUAAACGUGCUUAAUUGGGCACAACGUAAGCAAUUCUGUUUUGGCAAAUGUCUCACCAAUCAUCAAGUACGUUUUCAGAGCGAUGUAUUAUUGGAACGUGAACUAUUUUUAAAGGCUCAUUUAAAAUGUGAAGCCAAAUGCCAUUCUUUGACAAAACAAGUAAAAAAUUGUAAACUUGUUAAUAUGUUUUGUAGAAAUCACAAUUCGAAUGCAGCAGUUUCUGGUACAUGUAACUGUAAACCAUAUUUUGUUUUAGUCGCAAAAGAACAACACAAAAUGCGUUUCGGGUUGAUUGUUGUUUUACUUGCAUCCGUUUUCCAAUUUUCUGUGGUUUACUCUCAAAGUUGCUCAACUAUGAAGUGCACUCAAAAGUGUGACUCUACUUCCACGCCGCCUAAAUGCACAUGUUUUACCGGCUACGAGCUUCAAAACGAUGGCAAAACAUGUUUGGAUAUAAACGAGUGCCAAAGAAGCAGUUCACUGUGUACGGCGAACGACGCUCCACUGUGUAGGAAUACUGAAGGAUCGUAUAUAUGCACUGGGUGCGGAGCAGACUCGAAUAUUACAUGGCAGUAUUAUAAACGGUCAGAAUGUUGCAAGAUAGAUACAGUAAGUACUGCUACUUGCGGUAAAAGUACAAGUACAAGUGGACGUAUUGUCGGUGGGACUGCGGCAAGAAUAAGCAAUUGGCCAUGGACGGCGUAUCUCUCCAUCGGCGGCGAUGUAUGCGGGGGUACACUGAUAGCGGACAACUUGGUCCUGACGGCUGCCCAUUGUAUCCAAAACGCCAGUCCGAGUCAAGUCACUGUAACGCUUGGGGUAUCGAACUUUCACGAUACGUCGAACGUACACAGACAAACGUUUACAAUUUCAAAGUUUGAGCGUCACCCCGAUUUUGACAGUUUGCGGUUACAAAAUGACGUGGCAAUUUUAUGGCUAUCGACGCCUGCCAUAAUUGGCUUGUAUGUAGCACCAAUAUGCAUGCCUAAUGGUCAGGUACCACCAGACGGAGAAAAAUGCUGGGCAACUGGAUACGGGUCGUUGGCGGAAGGCGGUUCAACACCUCAGCCACUUCAAGAGGUAGACGUUCCCAUAGUAAACGUACAUACGUGUGCAGCCGUGUACCAGUCGUUUACGCAAAAAGUAGUUCCCUCGACAAUGUUAUGUGCUGGAUAUCAAGAAGGCGGAAAAGACGCAUGCCAAGGUGAUUCUGGGGGCCCGCUUGUUUGUCAGCGAUGCGACAGUUGCAGUUGGUACUUGGCCGGAAUCACUGCGUUUGGACGAGGGUGCGGUCGGGCAAACUCGUAUGGCGUUUACACAAAGAUUUCUGCUUUUGAAAGCUGGAUAGCUUCAAAGACUCAGUUAUCACAUGUAGUGAAACCAUGUACUUUACCAACUUGGCUGGAUUGGAGCGAGUGGUCGCUUACGUGCCCAUCUUGCGGUCCCGGCAUAAGAAAACGAACAAGAGUUUGCAGUAACGGCGCUGUGGGUGUUCCAGGGUGCGUAGGGUCGACAACAGAAACCGUAAACUGCCCGAAUAAUCCUUGUACAAAUACGAGUUGGGGUUCUUUUCUCCCGUGGGGAGCUUGCAGUAAAUUAUGCGGUUCCGGGACAAGGACAAGGAGUCGACCAUGCGUAGGAGGUCCCGUUGGAAGUUCUGGUUGUCCAGCAAGCGAAGAAAGCGAAACCGAAGCUUGCAACACUCAAGCGUGCGGGACAUGGGGUGAUUGGGUUUGGGGCGAUUGUUCUGUAACUUGCGGUGGUGGAACUAGGACAGGCGCUAGGGCUUGUGACACGAAAGGUGGAACUACAGUGUGUGUGGGAACUUCUUCGCUAACAGGGGUGUGCGGUGCUGCACAAUGCGUCGACACGACCUGCAAGGAUAAGCUAACCGAUUGUGGCACCCUGUCUUCUCUAUGUCAGCAAACUGCUUAUGUCUCCUUAAUGCGAGAUAUUUGUCCGCAAACAUGCGGCUUAUGUGGGGGUUCUUCGUGGAGUGGUUGGACUAACGACGGGACAUGUUCCGUCACUUGCGGCAUUGGUGUGCAGAAACAAAUCAGAACCUGUAACGGUGGAACUGCAGGCGCUGGUGGUUGUCCUGGAUCUUCAACACAAACUAUCGCCUGCAAUGUACAGGCAUGUCCAACACAGGGUAGUUGGAGUGAAUGGUCAAAUAGUGGGACUUGUACAGUAACUUGUGGUGGUGGCAUUCAACAGCAGAUAAGAACAUGCAAUGGUGGAACUGCAGGCGCUGGUGGUUGCCUUGGUUCUUCAACACAAACGAUUGCUUGUAACCAACAAGCUUGCCCCCCACAGGGCAGUUGGAGUAGUUGGUCAAAUAGUGGGACCUGUACAGUAACUUGUGGUGGUGGCAUUCAACAGCAGAUAAGAACAUGCAAUGGUGGAACUGCAGGCGCUGGUGGUUGUCCUGGAUCUACAACACAAACUAUCGCCUGCAAUGAGCAAGCUUGUCCACCCGUAGGCAGCUGGGGCACUUGGGUUAACAGUGGUUCAUGCAGCAAGGAAUGCGGAACAGGAGCCCAACAGCAGACUAGAACUUGCAAUGGUGGAACUCCUGGAGUCGGCGGCUGUCCUGGCUCUGCAACGCAGUCGAUACCAUGCAACCAACACGCUUGUCCGGUGCUAGGGUCUUGGAGUUCUUGGGUUAACAGCGGAACAUGUUCUGUAAGCUGCAUGCAGCAGCAGACACGCAUUUGUACCGGAGGGACUGCUGGUCAAGGCGGUUGUCUCGGCUCAACAACACAGUCAGUGACUUGUACGGGUGGAAGCUGUCAGCCACAAAGCGGAUGUGAAGCCCUUAUUGAUCAGACCAUAACUAGCACCUGCGUCUCUUACGCAUCUUUUGGCUACUGCGACACAUACGCCACGUUCAUGCAGAACAACUGUGCUAAAACCUGCUGUACGAAACGAGGGGGUGGUUGUUUGGAUGUGGACCUUGACCCUUCGUGUCCGUCGAAAAAGAAUUUAUGCCACUUUGGAACUGUUCAAGCUUUUUGUAGGAAGACAUGUAACCCGGCGUGUAACACCAAGAAAUAGAACUACUAUCCAAAAUACACAUCUUAUUACGCUUACGAAAUCGUUAAAACCUGUUGUAUAAUAAUAUGACUCAAAAUGUUGUUUUCUGUUUAGCAACAUACUUUCGUUUGAAACUAUAUACUCGUUAUAUAGUAGAGUGCGGAAGAUGGGACACCUUUUCAUUGCAUUUCCUCAUCCAAUUAAGUAAUCAAUAAAUAACAUUCAAAGAAUUAUAAAAGUAUCCCCACAACACCUAUGGACCGUUGUUAAUUGUUUAAAACACGACCAGGAUAUUUGGAUAUUAUGUGCUCAAGGUGUAGCGUCUUCCCCACCCUACUAUAUAUUAAAAACGCCAACUGUAUCAUAGACCUUUUUCUUCAAAGUGUUGUGGGUUAUAAUGUAUGCAACAUUUUAAAUAAAAGUAAGUGUUGUCGAUCAAA